ACUCCUGCUUUAGUUAAACUCACGUGUGGAUUAUGUGGUUUAGGAACUGAUUUCCACAGGAAACGUAAUGUCAGUAUGGAUUUUCUUAUAUUUUUAAACAUGUAUAUAUUUUUUUAAAUCUAAAAACAGCAAACUUAUGCGGGCUGGGAUAUCACUUUUGACAAUGGAAAAACAAGGUGUUUAACCCCAAAAGAAAAACGGAGAAUAAAUCAUUUUCCAAAGAAAACUCCGGCGCCUUUUCUGGGAUUUAAAUGGCACCCCUUUACUACUGGAAACAAUUCAAAGCGUUUUUAAAGACAUUGUCCCUUCAGCGUCAAGUGAUGGAGAAUCUUAUUAUUGCAAGAGCAAGACAAGGGGCGCUUCAGAGGAGGAUGGAAGAGAGGAGGCUGAGAUUGAAGGAGGAAGCCAAAAGGAGCUUUUCCAGUUCUUCAUCUCUAACCCCUGAAGAACAGGAGCAGAAAAUCCUAUAUGCCACCAUUCUGGAGUACGAGCGGGAUCAUGAUUGGCCAAAACAAUGGAAAGCAAAUCUAAAGAAAAAUCCACACAACCUCUCUGUGGUGUCUGGUCUUAUCUCUUAUAUCUUCAGCCAUCCAGAGCAUCCUAUAAUGAAGCUCCUGAAGAGACUGCAGUACAGGAUUUACAACCAGCUCUACCCCAUUGUCAGCAAGGUCCCUGAGUCACCAUCCACAUCCACCUGCAGGGGGCGCAACAUGAAGUCCUCACAAAGCAUCCAUUGUAUGCAAUCAGUUCAGGAAAACAACAAAAUAAACAGACAGAAACUGAGACACUGUCUUUCAGUCGCAUCCCUGCCCAUCACUGAAGACUACAAUGCCAACACGUGCGCUAAAGAACAAACACAAACUGGGCAGAGCACUAAAGCGGACAAGUUAGUAGUGAGCAUGGGAGAGCAGGACAGUUCUUUUGAGGAUUUGGAGCAGUUUCUGACCCAGUUUGAGUGCCUGUCUGCCAGCCUGCCAGAUAUGUCCAAUCCUGCUGUGGAUCCCCUGAUUCACAAGCUGGAGGAGGGGGUGCUUCAGGCACACCUCAGGAGCAUUGUGAAGGAAAUCCACAACUCUAUAGAUCGACUGCUGUCCUUGUGUAUUCUGUCCUUUGAGCCCCUGAACAUGACUGCCUCCAAGGACCAGUGCCUCACCAGCAUCGAGGAGGCUUUCUUCCCACCCAUCUGGCCCUUGUUGCUGGCUCUCUUUAGAAAAGUUUACGGACACAGAGAGUUGGCUUUUGAAGAGAGUGUGAGACUCUACAGAAAUGCUAAGCCUGGAGAUGUGGGUGUUGCAUCUAAACUUUGCCCCUCAGAAACUGCUCCUGGUUCUUGCCCUUAUGAAUCUGCUGUGCAGGAACUGAGGCUCAUCUCAAAAGAUUGCUGUCCACAAAAGAAACUUGAGUGUAUUGUACGAACCCUGCGUCUGAUCUGUGAGUGUGCAGAGGAGUACCGCACAUCCCACGAGCCGGCUACCUUGCACAGCUCAGCAGCUAUUGGUGCUGAUGACCUGUUGCCCAUUUUGUCCUAUGUUGCCCUGAAGAGUGACCUGCCACAGCUGGUGUCUGAGUGUGCAGCGCUGGAGGAGUUUAUCCAUGAAGGGUAUUUGAUUGGUGAGGAGGGAUACUGCCUGACAUCCAUGCAGAGUGCAGUGACUUAUGUAGAAUCUCUGCAUAAAAGAGGUGCCUUGAAAUAAAUGUCUUCCUGCUGUGUGUUUGUGUCUGUCUGUCUAUAUAUUACAAAUGUAAAUCUCCCACGUUAUAAACUGUGAAUAGUUAGUUAUUUGAGUGCUUUAAUAGAUAAAAACAGAUCUUAUUGAAUAAAAAGUUGUCCCCCCAUGAAGUGUCCUACUACAUUGAGUCUGAAGCCCUUUCAGAAGACAUCAUUAGACAAGACCCCCUUGCUUUUAAAUAUUAAUACUAUUGGUUUAGUUAAUUAUAAUAGUUUGAUUGUCUAUUUGAAUAAAAAUACUGCUAUCUGACAGAUGACUGAGUUGUAUUCUUAAUAUAAUUUUUUUUUUUUUUUUUUUUUUUUACUUGACAUGGAGCAUCUUUUGCAUUGUGGUAUUGAUGUAAACUCUAAUUACAUGUAUUUGAAUGUAUAACCUGAAAUUAGCAGAAUGUAUUGCCUGAUAUGAAUGUACAGUUGUAUGUUUUGCUACCAUUGUGUUUGCCUUAAAUGCACCACUGGUACAAAAGAC